CAGCAUUCUUUUGGUCAGGGCGCAGUCAGUAGCACCUCUGUCCGUAAUGGUUUUUUUUAACGUUUUGUUGAAGCAGAGGGAAAGAAAAAUUCUCCUGAGCUGGGCGAAUUGUGUGCGUUAAUAUGGAUGGAAAGCUCGACGUCACGUUAGUACGAAGCGUCUUUAGAUUUUCACAGCCGCUUAGAGUGCAAGGGUCAAAAUUCACCGAGGACCUUGGUUCAUUCUUUUCUAAUUUGUCAAGUUUUAGCUAUGUCUGUUUUACCAGUGCAUCCAAUAAUACGACGCGUGAUCCUGUUUAAGCGACGAGUCUGCGGGAUUGUUUUGGAUCAUUCUAGUGAAGCGAUGAUGGACGGGGAAGAAAAAGCAACAAGUAUCCUACCUAUCCCAAUGAGGCUACCCUUUGAGGACACGUUUUCCACGUGUUUUUCAUCAGGAGGACAGCAGAAGAAGGAACAUGACAAGAAACAGGUCAUCUUCCAGCGGGCCCCCGGACCCACACUGUCACAUGACACGAGAGGCCAGAGUUUUGCUGAACCCCCAGAAAGGACCAACAUAGCAUAACUGAUGAAAGCCGUCCAGAAAAUGCAAAUAACGAACGAACAACAAGAACGUCUGACUCACAAUGUCGCGGAACUAUUUGUAACAAAGUUGUUAUGCAUCUGAACUUCAUAACAAAAUGCGUCAUCCCAAACAUAUUUGGUCAGCGACCGCAAGACCAACUUUAGGAAUACUGAACGAGGUAAAGAGGACGUUAUAACAAGGGGGAAAUGUAGUCUGCACCAUCCUAAAUCAAGAUAGUAACUCAUCAGUUUCUUUCUGCAAACUAUACUACCGGAGAUAACUUAAGCAAUCAGCAAGUUCACUGUAUCACCAGCCCAUAUUUCAAGAGGAGCACGACGUUAUCUGGAGCGCAGGAGCGACAAGAACCCCCCGUUGGGAUUCAAUGCAUCAAAAAGAGCACGUAGGCUACUGCUUUACACAAGUGACCAGUCUGAGAAGUUCCACUUCUGACCCUAGUUGUGCAGGCGGAGACGUGUCGAAAUGUUCGGUUUACUUAAACUUAAAUCUGGUUUCAGAACCGGAGGAUGAGAAAAAAAAGACUGUAGGCUGAAAAUAAUAUGUCUCUCUUAGUUGGACAAUCUCUGACCAACACCCACACCACCGUCUUGAGUGAAGCUUGAAGAGAUUUAUGCAUGCAUGGCAUCUACAGUGCCUCAAGUGAAACGUGCUUGCGCAAAUAUGACUGGAGAAGAAUAACUGAGUAUCCAGUCUUUAUACAUUAAUGGCAUUCUCUGUCUCUUUUGGACAAUUUCAAUAAAAAUAUUCUUGUUCCCAGAGCGCAGUUUAUAAUACCCCCCCCCCCCCCCCCCCCCAAUGAUUAAAUGCCACUUUCAUGUAAUAGUUCCAAAAUGAAUGUUUAAUGGUAAAUAAGCAUUAUAAUAAAGUAGUUGAUUAAUUGAAUAAAGUUACGAUGGUUAACAAAUGUGUAAAAUUAUUUUGUGAAAAUUAAUAGCCGAAUUUGACAUUUUAGUGCGUAGGCAAUUCGUUUUAUUUAUUUAUUGCUUCUCUCUAUUUUAAUUCGAAAUUAUAUCAGUUUAGGCUAUCUGUGACCAUUUACAACUAUUAUUAAUAAUUUUCUGUAUUCGAAUGGAGAAUGUCUGUCACUUGUAUUAAAAAUGAUGGUUUUAGGUUUAACUAAAAUCGAAUUAAACUACACUCGUAUCAUUAGAUUUUAGGAAAGAAUCCUAAUUAGAAACCAAAGACACGUUUCCCAAACUCCCUCUGUCACAUGAACUUAUGUUAAUGGAAGAUUAUAUCUAAGCACUAUUUUAAAAAGUAUGGUGCUCCACUAUAUCUCUAGAGAGAGAUAAAGCUAAUCUCAGGCAAUUGGUGUAUAUGGGGGUACAUUCAUUCAGUUAAUUUAGGAACUUAGAUUCGAAAAUAGUAGCCUAUAAGAAACUCUCUGGAAAACAGAAAACUCAAAAUCUGACUAUAUUUCAAGUAAAUGGUGUAAGUUAUUAUGCAUAUGAUGCAUUUUUAAGGCCUGUUUAUUAACUCCACUUCUCCACGCCGUCAUGAAUAAACCAUAAAUUCGUUGUUAUAACUGUUGUGCUCGCCUUAAUUCACAUUAGACCUACAUUGGGAGUAGAUUAUAUCAGAUUGAUGGGUGGAUUCGAUUGAUGUGUUUGUCAUGUAAAUACGAAUCGUUUGAUGGACACCUGCAACGCCCAGAGUGCUACCGCAGGACGCACACUAUUGGUGCAAAAUGGGUCACAUGAUCUGUCACUUAACUGAUAUGAGCUUGGAUAGAACUUUGUGUGGUUUGACAUACUGCUUAGAGGUUGUAGGGGCAUUGGGACCACACAUCAGCCUAUAUUGACCCUGCUUAAUCAAUUUUGCUUGGUCAGUCAACAAUGAAUUCCUACUUAGAUUAUACGAUUUAUAACCGUGCUAACACUUAUAGUUCUAAGGUUGGAUGUUUUCCUAUGGAGCAAGAAUACUUGCCAAGUGCUUGUGCAAGUACAAAUAGUCACAUUACCGAAGGACGGCAAGUCGGAGGGAACACUUUUACAACCGCACCGCACGAAACUCACGGCACAAAUUACGCACAACUUCAUUCGCAGCAAUAUCACAUCAAUAUGGACAUGGGGAAAACUGGACACACCAAUUUUUGCAAGCAAACCCGACUUCCUCACUCGGACUAUGGACAUCAACACGUUCUCACUCAAGCAGAUGACCACAUGCGUCUUCAGUCCCCUGUUUUUUCUGUCGUGAACAUGGGAGCCAACAUGGGGACACACAGUGAAUCUAACUGCAGGCCUGGCUCGGUCUCUGCAGACCAUUAUCAGUCUUAUCCCUUCGGAGAACACGAACCACACGGUUAUGGUUCGUUAAGCAAGUACCAGGUCUCCCCUGACAGUGACAGCGACUCCAAGAGGAACAUCAAACAAGCUCCAACGUUUGACUGGAUGAAAGUCAAGAGGAAUCCUCCUAAAACAGUUAAAGUCGCCGAAUAUGGGAUCCACGGACAGCAGAACAUUAUACGCACCAAUUUCACCACCAAGCAGCUCACGGAACUUGAGAAGGAGUUCCACUUCAACAAGUACCUGACCAGGGCGCGCAGACUGGAAGUGGCCGCCACCCUCGAACUGAACGAAACGCAGGUUAAAAUUUGGUUUCAGAAUCGCAGAAUGAAACAGAAGAAGCGCGAGAAGGAAGGAACAGCCCCGGUAAUUAAACGUGUGUCUCUUUGCUCUGCUGGUCAAAGCGCAGACAACUCAAACAGCUCAUCCCCGGGUGCUUCGCCUGCCUCAGACUCUUCCACUGCUGUUUGAUGAUUACGUGCCUUCGUGGCAAACGAACUAUUUCAUCAUUGUGAUGUGGAAAACUUCUUAAAUUAUUCUGCUGUCUUAAAGCAUAAAGUAUGCGUUAGCAUGUGCACGUGUUAAAUACAUAACGCAAAAUAAUCAAUUUUGCUGCAUUAGAGCUACUGAAUUCAUGGUUCAAAAUCCAUUAACAGGGUAGGCUAUAUUCUUAUUAGUCCAAAAGUUUUUUUUUUGUCAUCAGGUUGAUAUCCUUUUUUGCACUACUGAUUAAUUCCUUUGUUGAAAGAGCAAAAAAAUAAUAAUAAAAAAGGUGAAAAAUACAUGUUUACCUAUAGAAAACAAUCUGGUCUGUGACUUUCUGAAACAUGUUUGUGGAUUUAAUCCAAUUUCAAUCAGUUUAUUGAUUAUUUAAAAGGCUCUUCAUGAUGUUGGUAUGAUUGUGUCCUUUGUCAGAGGAUGUUUCAAUACAAUGGAGCUAAUUUAAAUCGGUGUUGCUCCAGUCUGUAUAGUUUGACAAGAGGAAUGUUGCAUUACACACCAGGUGGCUUCCUAUGACCUUUUCACCUUUUUGUGCCUACAGGCUCUCUAAACAUGUAAACACUCCUUGGUGCUCAGAAUAACACUCACUGACUAGAUUGGAGGUUUCAGUCCUACUUGGCAUAGCACAACAAUACUGCAGGUUAAGAAAGGAUAAGACACUUUCUAACUCCAAGAUAAUUCAUAAGGCCCCUUUCAUUUCAUGUGUAAAUUGCUUAAUCAAGGGCAUAAAGAAGAGUGAUAGAGAUUGAAAAAAACUCGGUAGAUUAUAAUAAU